AUGGCCGAUUCGGCGGCCAAAAAUGGGACUAUUUCGCCCCUAGAAUCAGAGCUCUACUACUUAAUUUCUCGCUUUUUGACAACGGGUCCUUGUCGGAGAGCGGCGGAGGUUCUUGUUAGUGAGCUGGAGGAAUAUCAGCUUCUUCCACGUAGACUGGACUGGCUUGGAAAUGAGCAUCCAAGAGCAUACGAAGAAUUGGUCGCUGCCAACAGACAUAUUGCACCAAACCACUUACUGCAGAUAUGCAAACAGUUCGGCCCAAUUCUGGACAAAGAGUUACCGUCUGGUGUGUCGGGUGUCCAUUCUCUCUUGGGCACAGGCAGACACUCCUUGCUGCGCACAUCAAAAGACUGUGGCAGUGUUCAGUGGAAAGGUUCCACCUUUGCUGCACUUCAUCGAGGAAGACCACCUGAGAGGCCUUUAAAAUGCAGGGAUGCCCCAAAUUUAGUGGAGGUGGUGCGUGGCAGAGAGCUGACAGGAACUCAGAGGUUGAGCUUCGUCAACCCUUUCAGCAACUAUCAGCACAUGAAACUGCACAGGAGGAUCCUGGGUCAUCUCUCUGCCGUUUACUGCAUCGCCUUCGACCGCACCGGCCUCAGGAUUUUUACGGGUUCGGAUGAUGCGUUGGUGAAGAUCUGGUCGUCCUUUGACGGCAGGCUUCACUCCACCUUGCGGGGCCACUCGGCCGAGAUAUCUGACCUCGCGGUGAACUUUGAGAACACUCUGAUCGCAGCCGGCAGCUGUGACAAAACCAUCCGAGUGUGGUGCCUUCGUACCUGUGCCCCUGUGGCUGUGCUGCAGAACCACAGUGGCUCCAUUACCUCUUUACAGUUCUCUCCUUUUGCCAAGGGCUCAAAAAGAUACAUGGUCUCCACAGGAACUGAUGCCACUGUCUGUUUCUGGCAAUGGGACGUGAGUGAUAUGAAAUUCAGUGAACGUCCACAUAAGUUUAACGAGAGACCCAGACCCGGCGUGCAGACGCUUUGCUCGUCGUUCAGUCCCGGUGGCAUGUUCCUGGCGACGGGAAGCACGGAUCACAUGAUCAGGAUAUAUUACCUGGGCUCUGGAAGCCCCGAGAAAGUGUCUGAGCUGGAUGAACACACUGACAAAGUUGACAGUAUCCAGUUCUGCCACUCUGGAGAAAGGUUUGUGAGUGGCAGUCGAGAUGGUACCGCUCGCAUUUGGAAGCUGCACCAGAGGCAGCAGUGGAGGAGCCUGCUGCUCGAAAUGUCUGCCACGCUGCCAGGGUCUGAGGCUUCAACGGAGGAGGAUAGCUUCUUCAAACCCAAGGUUACCAUGGUUUCCUGGGAUCGCCAUGACAACACAGUCAUCACUGCUGUCAACAAUCAUCUUCUCAAAGUGUGGAACUCCUACACAGGACAGCUGUUACAUAUCUUGAAAGGCCACGAGGCGGAGGUUUUCGUGUUGGAGCCCCACCCGUUCGACCCCAGGGUCAUGCUGUCGGCCGGGCACGACGGAAACGUCUUCAUCUGGGACCUCGUCAAAGGAACCAAGAUUCAGCAUUACUUUAACAUGAUUGAAGGGCAGGGACACGGCGCCGUAUUCGACUGUAAGUUCACCCCUGACGGUCAGCGCUUUGCCUGCACGGACUCGCACGGUCAUCUCCUCAUAUGCGGCUUUGGAAGCUCUAAGCCGUAUGAAAAGCUUCCAGAUCAGGUGUUUUUCCACACAGACUACCGGCCGCUGAUCCGCGACGCCAACGGUUUCGUGCUGGAUGAGCAGACGCAGCAGGCGCCCCACCUCAUGCCCCCGCCCUUCCUGGUGGACGUGGACGGGAAUCCGCAUCCCCCGAAGUACCAGAGGCUGGUCCCCGGUCGAGAGAACAUCGCAGCCGAACACCUGGUCCCUCAGCUGGGAUACAUCGCCACUAGUGACGGAGAGGUGGUGGAGCAGGUGAUCAGUCAGCAGCAGCCCGUGGAGAGCGAGGAGGCGUCGGCGAGACAUAACGCUCUGGACAACGCCAUCCGUCGCCUCCAGGAACAACAGGACAGGGUGGCGGGCAUACAGGGACCCGCCGCCCCGGGCGGGGUCCCCGUUCCCGGGACCCCUCGACGAGUGUCGGUGAAUGACAGAGCAGAGGUGCAGUCGCCCCCUAACGUGGGGCUGCGGAGAAGCGGACAGGUCGAGGGCGUGCGUCAGAUGCACCAGAACGCGCCGCGCAGUCAGAUGGCCACCGAGAGAGACCUCCAGGCCUGGAGGCGGCGCGUGGUCGUUCCGGAACUCUCUUCCUCUGCCUACAGGGCACAAGAAACGCUUAGGACUGCAAAGGGUGAGGAGGAGGUCGCUUUUUACAGUGCCAAGAAACGCAGGGUGACCAAUGGAUCAUUCAGAGAUGACUCUGAUGAUGAUGGGCCAUGUAUCAAACGCACACAGUCUCGGAAAAGGCAGAGAAUCUUCCAGAGCAGGGACACCGAGGACCUCAUCGAGUUUUCCUGCGAGGAAGGAGAGGAGACUGCCACCUCAGAGGACAAUGAAAUGGAGGACAGCGAAAUCGAUUCAUCGAACGAAGAGGAAUGGAAGAGUGACAGUUCAAGCGAAGCGUCCAGCGAGUACUCUGACUGGACGGCCGACGCCGGCAUCAACCUCCAGCCCUCCAGUCCACUGUCUUCCCGAAGGCGCGCACGGCGCCAGAUAAGCAGCUCGGAGGAGGACGAGGAGGAGGAGGAAGAAGAGGAAGAAGCCAUGGAGGAGGAGACGGCGCAAGAGGAGGUACAGACUCCUAAGCCUCGGAAGCAGAAAAAGAAGGCCAAGAGUAAAACGCCCAAGCGGCCCAAACCCAGGCCCUCCAUCAACAGAGAGGUGUCGAACGAGUUCAGACCUCCCCCCUGGAUCACCGACGUCUUUCCCAGAAAGUCUCCGUUUGUCCCUCAGAUGGGUGAUGAAGUGAUCUACUUCCGUCAAGGUCACGAGGCCUACGUGGAGGCGGUGAGGAGGACAAACUUGUAUCCCAUCAACCUGGACAAACAGCCAUGGAGGAGAAUGGACCUGAGAGACCAAGAGUAUGUCAUGAUAACUGGGAUCAAAUAUGAGGUGUCCCCGCCCACGCUCUGCUGUUUGAAACUGACCCAAAUUGACCCCGGCACGAGGAAAAUCACCAACCGAUCGUUCUCUGUCAAGUACCAUGAUAUGCCAGAUGUGAUUGACUUCCUGGUGCUGAAGCAGAGUUAUGAUGAGGCGUGUAGCAGAGUCUGGCAGCCAAACGAUCGUUUCCGGUCGAUAAUCGACGACGCCUGGUGGUUCGGGACCAUCGUGUGCCAGGAGCCGUAUCAGCUGGAGUAUCCCGACAGCCAUUUCCAAUGCAUCAAAGUCAAAUGGGACAACGGGGAAAUGGAGAGACUGAGUCCGUGGGACGUGGAGCUGAUUCCGGAAGAUGCUCAACAGCCGGAGACGGUGGGUGGAGGGGUGCCAGUCACGCCUGAUGAGAUGAAUGAGCUGAUGUAUAAACCUCAGGAUGGAGAAUGGGGCACACGGAGCAGAGAUGAAGAGUGUGCCCGCAUCAUCGCUGGCAUAGACCAGUUGAUCAGCGUCGAUAUUGCCGCACCUUUCUCCGGUCCGGUGGACCUGACCCAGUAUCCCACGUACUGCACGAUUAUCGCUUACCCCACUGACCUGGGCACCAUCAGAAUGAGACUGAUACACAAGUUCUACAGGAGGCUCUCCGCUCUCGUUUGGGAUGCUCGAUACAUCGUACACAACGCCAGGACCUUUAACGAGCCACGGAGCAAGAUCGCACAUUCAGCCAAACUCAUAACGGAUGUCCUCCUCAAAUUUAUCAAUAAACCCGGCUGUACAGACAUUAUGGACAUCUAUAAUGCUGUAGAAAACAUGGAGUACUCUGAGGAUGAGGAUCUGGACGACGCAGACGGACCGGGCACCUCAUCUACUCACAGACUACAUCAGCCCGCUGUGGACGUCGUCCAGGACAGGGACUCGUGGAAGGAUGAGUGUAAACGGUUGCUGGACUACAUGUUCGACUGCGAGGACUCGGAGCCGUUCCGUCAGCCCGUCGAUCUGACCGAAUAUCCGGACUACUUGGACAUCAUUGAUACUCCAAUGGACUUGGAUAUGAUCAGAAAGGGACUUGAAGAAGAUCGCUAUGACAACCCCAUAGAUCUUUGCAAAGACACCAGACUGAUCUUUGCUAAUGCGAAAGCCUACACGCCAAACAAACGCUCAAAGAUUUACAGCAUGACCCUGCGCAUGUCGGCGUUUUUCGAGGAGCGAAUCAGGAAAAUCAUAUCAAACUAUAAGACUGCUGUCAAAAAUAGCAUGAAGCUACGACGCAGCCAGAGGUUUAGGAAGAAACUGAUGUACCAGGAGCCCUCUGCGCCCAGCCAUCAAUCCACAAGUCAAAAGAGAGCUGCUGCUGCUGCUAAAACUCAGGAAAAAGCGGAAACAUCUACAACCAAAUCUACCUCGGCCAAAGUGUCUGCGCCCGAGCGCUCCAGCAGGAGACGGGCCAACCGUCGCAACGCUGCCCACACGUCCGUGGACGCCUCGUCUGGCUCAGACGAAGGCUCCGCUAAAGCCAUGCUAUCCACAUCUGAAUCUGACGACGAAAGCGAGGUGUCGGGAAGUCAUUCGGAGGACGAGAAACAGCCCACCUCCUCCCGCCGUCACCUCAGACGGGAAACGAGAGCAGUGAGGAGAGCCACGAGGACCCGAGCUGCAAAGACGAGGGUGACGGAGAGCAAAAGUGAAAACGAGUCGUCCAGUGAAAAUGAAGAAUCCGAGGAUUCCGGUAAAGCUUCCACUUCUUCCAAACGGACCUACCCGAGCAGAACGCAGAACAGAUCCACGAGACUGACCAGAAACUCUGCCCACGAACGGAAGAAAACAGAGAGCCACGCCCAGGUGAACGGGCAUGGCCGGGCGCGGCGCCUGGAGCGGCGUCGUGCGCGUCGCGGCAUAAGCUCGGACCAGGAGCCCUCUCUGGAGUCCGAGACAAAAGACGAAGGUGAGGACGAGGAGGAGGAAGAAGAAGAGGAUGAAGAGUCAGUCAGCCGCAGACCCCUGGCCCGCAGGACCGCCAGGAUGGCCGUCAAUAAAAUGAAGCUCCUGGAAGUUUCCGAGGAGGAGGAUGACGACGACGACGACGACGACGCUUCGGACUCGGACGCCAGCGGACCGUGCAAACCUUCCCCGGUGUCUGAGAGCAGCUCUGGCUCCGAUGAAGAGACUUCACCGCGGGAGAAUUCUCCUCGUGUCAACGGUCACAGCCAUGAGGGUUUCCAAGGAAGGGGCUCAAGGAAGAGCGACGAGAACUCUGAUCGGGAGGAAAGUGCCGGAGAAAAUCUGGGAGGGGGCGAGGACGAAGAUGACGAGGAGCCCGUGGUCAGAAGAAAGCUGGUCAGGAAGACCGCGAAAGCCGCCGUGACUAAAAUGAAAAUCCUGAACAGCAGUGACGUGGAUGAAGCGGAGAGCCAGCCGCGGAGCAGACGGCCCAAAUAUCCGCCGAGCGGGCCGGACACCUCGAAGAGCUCCGACGAGGAGAAGGAGGGUUCUGUUGUCCAAAAGCACCCACAUCGCAACGGGAGAAAAAUGGAGAACAGAAAGCCCAAAGGCACUGAUAAGGGGAGCAGGUCACCAUCAAACAGUCAAGAGGAAACAUCUGCUACAAGGAGACACAUCCACAAAAAGACCCCCAGGUCACCUUUGACCACUCAAGAGUCAGAUGAAGUCAGUGACGUUCCUGAAAAACCAGGUGCUCAGAGAAACAGAGUAGUGUCUGAGGAGGAUGAGGAGGAAGAUGAAGAGGAACAAAGCGACAGCCAGGAUGAGGGUGUCGGAAACAGGAAAAAAAUGUCGUUGCGAAACAAGGACGAAUCCAGGCGAACCGGCAGAUCGCGGAAGAGGAGAUCGGACGCAUCCGAUUCGGAGAGCGAAGAGGAGGAAAAAGAGUCGAGGAGCAGACGCAAGAAAAAACGGUCGGCCUCCUCGGAGGAGUGGCAGCAGAGCGAGGAGUCGGAAAAGGACAGGAAAGUGCAUCCCAGGAGGAGACCCUGCCUGAGGGCGCUUCCCAAAAAGAAAUACAUCUCGGACGACUCCGAGGAAGACCUUGACUUGGGCGAUCCGUCGAGAAAUGGAAAGGGCAGUGCUAGCUCAGCGGAAAACAGACCUCAACGUGGUGCUAGAAAAUCCUCAGGUGUUUCAAAGCCCUCGUCCAAACGGAAACGCGACAGGUCUUCGGAUUCCGAGAACGGUGACAGUGGACAGGAGAGUCGGAGCAGCGCCGAGAGCGAGUGUGAUAGGCCUAGCAAAAAGGACAAAAAAAAGCACUCCAGGCAUUUCGGAAGGUCUUCCGACUCAGAGAGUGACUCUGGGAAUAGGAAAAAAACGGAAAACGGGCGACCGCGCCGCAGGCAGGUCGAAGACUCGGAGAAAGAGAACUCGAGAGCCUUGCGUCAGAGGGGAACACGUAAACGCAGGCGGGACGAAAGCAGCGAAGACAACACCACGGCCGAGAGCGAAUCUGGAUCGGAGUCGGAGCAGUUUUCCAGCUCAGGGUCACGGAGUAGUCCAAAGAGAAGGCGAACCACGAGGAGGCAAAGGGACAAAUCCGCCUCCGACAUGGACAGCGAUGCUUCGUACCACAAGUCUCGAAGGGCCACGCAGAUCCGGACGAGGAAUCGCGGAAAGCGGACUGUGACAUACCACGACAGUGAAUGAAGGAACCGGGGCGGUCGAGUCAGGUUUUUACACAAGAGACACUAACUGGAAACCUUGAAA